UUUGAUGACAUUCAUCAUAUGUGUGAAUUGGAGGCUCUCGCAGCAUCGUGCAUAUGUAUGUACAUGUGGUACUUAUACAAGGAAUAUGAGAAUUCAGGCAUUCUUGAUACAAUUCGAUUUGUUGAUCCAUAUGAUAUAUCACACAAUCCUAAUGUUGCCCAAGCUAAAAAAGCGAGUAUUGUAGGCCAGAGGUUGAUUGGUACCAAAACUGAUCAACUUGUUUUAUUGCCAUGUAACGUAGGUUGGCAUUGGGUCCUCAUGAUGGUCUAUCCCCAUAAGGAGACGGUAUAUGUGUUGGAUCCAUUGACUGACAGUUUUCAUGUUGAGGAGUGGAAGAGCAUUAUGACGACAGCCAUAAAAAUGUUCAACAUGAGCAUAGGAGUAAGGGGGAGUCAGAAUCUUUUGUGGGAAGUGAUCGAUAGUCCACAACAACCUGAUGGGAAACAGUGUGGAUUCUAUGUUAUGCGAUACAUGAGAGAUGUUAUUGAUAAUAUUGUAUCCGAUCACUCUCUCUCAAUAACUACACUGUUUGCAGGAGGAUGCUACUCCAAAAAGGAAAUUGAUGAAGUAAGGAUAGAGUGGGCAGAAUUUGUAUGUAAAAUCACAGAUGAGUGAUGAUGGAUGGUGUAACUUGCUUGGUUUGCAGUUAUGUUUCAAUUAGUAGGAUGAUGAUGUUUGGAUUCUAAUGUAAUGUAGGAUGAUGAUGUUUGGAUUCUAAUGUAAUGUAGGGAUGAUGAUGUUGGAUUCUAAUGUAAUGUAGGGAUGAUGAUGUUGGAUUAUAAUGUAUGAAUUUUAUUAUUAA